GUUUUAGCAACACCACUAUACAUGGACGCUGGUAAAGAUGGAGUUUGCCUGUAGUCACGUUGUAUGUAAUGGGACAUAUGAUGGAGCAGGUGAUUCUCCUACUAGGAAUGCGUAUGAAUACACAGUGGCUGAUGAACAGCAAGAAGCUCCUCCACCACUGCCUCCUCGUCGUCUGAGGAAACCUCGGCCUACCUCCCUCCCUCUCCCGCCGCUGCCUUCCUUUCAGCCUCCUCCCCCACCACUGUCCAUCCCUCCUCCCGUCCCACCCAGACUUGACAAGCUGAAAGGAGAAGGCAAGCUGAAAGCCAACGUCAACAUCGUCUCCCUCAGUAUUGGAAAACUGGUUGACAUCAGCCAAGCUACAGGCAUGGAGAAGUUUCAGAGCCCAGUGAUUUGUGGGAAAUGUAGUGCUGCCUUGUCAUGUCUGAGUUCUAUACAGAGUAAGGUGUGGGUGUGUGAGUUUUGUGGCUGUGAAAACAGUGUGGGCGACAACGUAAGCGAUGUAUGUAAUAGUCCGUAUGUAGGUGUGCACGGCGACGACAUUUACCUGCCAAAACAGAGUGAAGACGACUACCAGAACUUGGAGGACACGCUGGUCGUGUUCUGUGUGGACAUUUCUGGCAGUAUGAGCGUCACUACAGAGGUUACAUCAAGCAGUGGACCUUCAACACACAUUUCCAGACUAGAGGGGAUCCAGGAUGCCUUACAGAAGACAUUGUCAACCAUGCUACAGCAGUCGCCUCACAGGAGAGUGGCACUAGUGACAUUCACUGACGAGGUUGUAAUAUACGGCGAUGGUACAAGCACUCCUCUCACUCUCAGGGACUGGGCAUUAGUCGACUAUGACUACAUAUGGCAACAGGGUGUAACUUAUAAUGUCCCACACUGCAUUGCUGAGACCUACCACCAGUUAAUGCAGAGGGUCAAAGACCUCAGGGAACAUGGGGCAACAUGUCUUGGUCCUGCAGCAUUAGCCUCAGUUGCCAUGGCAUCAAGGUACCCUGGGUCUAAGGUCAUUCUGUGUACUGAUGGUAGAGCCAACAUUGGACUGGGUGAGAUGGAGCAAACUCCUUCUCUGCCCUCUUCUCCCCUUACUUCAUAUUUCUACAAACAGCUGGCUUUACAGGCUGUGAAGAAUGGAGUCAUAAUAUCAGUAAUGACCUUUGAAGGGACAGACUGUCGCUUGGCUGAUGUUGGGAGACUGGCAGACACCACUGGAGGAAGGGUGAACAUUGUCAACACUGGUACUGUGGCAACAGAGAUCCAGUCAGCCUCCAUGGACAACGUCCUAGCAACAGGAGUCACGGCAACACUGCUUGCUUCUGAUGGAGUGUAUUUUCCCUACGAGGAUGAAAACAAUCACAAACUGGUGAGAGAGAUAGGGAAUGUGACCAAGGGACUGGAGAUCACCUUCCAAUUCUCUGUCAAACCAGAGUUUACAAAAGUUUUUGUCCAGAAGGCGAUUCUUCCGUUCCAACUACAGCUGAGCUUCAAGACCAGAGACCAACAGAAAGUCACUCGCAUCAUUACAGAACAGCGACCAGUUACUUCCUGCAGUCAGUUUAAGGUCGGUAGCCUUAACAUGGCGGUAAUUGGCGUUCACUAUGCUCAGCUCAGUGCCAGUUUAACCAUGGAGGGUCGAGUGCUGGAAGCACAGGGGCAACUCAAAGCACAGCAAGACCUGCUUAAACAAAUCAGUGAACACAGGCCAAUCCAAAAAGAAGAGAGUAUCUAUGGCAACUGGAUGGACACCAUGACGACAAUUUGUGAUGACAUCAGUACAGAAUCCCAGCCUCUCUCUGAUGAAGCAGCUAAGGUGGUGUACCAGAUGAAAAGAGCCUGCAGUGUCACCAACAAGAACAACGGCAACGGCAACAAGAUACCUGAGGUCCCAAAGAAGCCUGUGAGGAAGAAAAAGGCGCUUGUGGAAGCAAUGUAGAAAAAAAAAAGUCAUCCACACAUACUAAGACUUGAUUCAUAUCAGCACCUGUGGGACUAGAGGGAGGUUCACUGUAUAGCUGACUGUGUAAGAAUAGUAUUACAAAUAAAGUAAAUGAUUAUUUGUCAUGGAUAUAUUCAUGAAUUAGGUUAAAUCCAAUUGUAAAUGUAAAGGAUUGCUUUAUGUUUUUUAUCUGGCAUCCCAUAUGUCACAGCUGUUUUAAUAUGGCAUCAUAAUGUGUCAGUUUGCCCAGUUUACACUGGGGAACAUCUGAAAUUGAGCCAGAGUGAAUCAACACGUAUCACUUAAUUAUCACACUUAAUCCUUCAUGCUUUGACCAAGUUGGAAAUGAGAUCCAGGACAAUGGGAGCACAAACAUAUACCAGGACUGGGCCAGAUUUCCCUCAUGUGUCACCCUCUGUGACAUCACAGCAGAGAAAUCAGCCAAAGUCAUUUAUUUUAUUUACUUAGAUUCCUGUUUUAGAGGAAACUAUUCACAA